UAAAAAAAACAAAAAACAAAAAACUCCAUUGCUAAACCCCACAAUUCCUUGCUUCCAAGUCAUUCAACGCAUAUCAUUCCAUUUCUCCACCUCUCAAUUCUCACAAUCUUCGAUUCUUUGUUCAACAAUUCCAGAGAAAUUUUCAGCUUCAGCUUCAUCUUCAAUUCAAUUAUGCUCGACAUGGAUGGUUCCUCCAAGACCCCACAGAUCUCCGAGAUGUUUCAGAAAUUCGCCCUCGCUUUCAAGACCAAAACCUUCGAAUUCUUCGCCGACGACGACGACGCUGCUGAAGAAUCCGACGGCUUUUCGCUCUUGGACUCCGCCGAGGAGGUCAUUACGGACCAGAAGGUCGUCGUGAUUAAGCCGGAUUCCGCCUCCCAUGAGGUGGGGGAGCGUACAGGAAUCGGGAAGAGGCGGAAUCCAAUCGGUUGUACGGAGACGAUUCAGACUCUGGUUUCGUCGAUUUUCGCUACGAUUUCUUCGUUUGAAGCUUCUUACAUUCAAUUGCAGACCGCUCAUGUUCCGUUUGUUGAAGACAAAGUGACGGCGGCUGAUAGAGUGUUGGUCUCGCACCUGCAGAAGCUUUCCGAUUCCAAACAGUUCUAUAAAGAUUAUCUUAGAAAUCCGGAUGUGAGUACUUUGGUUCCGGCUGGUUCUUGCUUGGAGGCGCAGGUGCAGGAGAAUCAGAGUAAGCUUCGAACACUCGGCACCGUCUCGGACCGGGCGCAGUCGGAGAUUGAUCGGAAGGACUCUGAGGUAUUGGCUCUCAGGAAAAAACUAGGGGAUUUGCAGAAGUCUAAUUCCAGGUUAUCGAAGAAAUUAUCUGUCAAUUUGAAUUCGUCUUGUGAUGUUUUAUUGUCUGUUAGAGUUUUCGAUUCAAUAUUACACGACGCCUGUAGAGCAACAUACAAUUUUACCAAAGUUUUGAUGGAAUUGAUGAGAAAGGCUUCGUGGGAUAUGGAUUUAGCUGCCAAUUCAGUUCACCGCGAGAUUGCAUAUGCGAAGAAAGCGCAUAACCGGUAUGCACUCUUAUCAUAUGUUUGUUUAGCGAUGUUUCGAAGUUUUGAUUCGGAAGUAUUUGGUGUGGGUGAGACUGAGAGUGACAGAAAUAACAUUUUCCUUAAGCAAUUACUCGAGCAUGUUUCGAGCAAUCCAAUGGAACUGCUAAGUGCAAAUCCUCAAUGUGCGUUUUCGAAAUUUUGUGAGAAGAAAUAUCAAGAACUUGUCCAUCCUACCAUGGAAUCAUCAAUUUUCAGUAAUUUGGAUAGGAAAGAAGCCAUUCUGAAUUCAUGGCGGUCGGUUAGUGUAUUCUAUAAGUCAUUUGUUAAAAUGGCUAGCUCAGUGUGGAUGUUGCAUAAGUUGGCCUUCUCUUUCGAUCCCGUUGUCGAAAUUUUUCAAGUUGAAAGGGGUGCAGAGUUCUCAAUGGUAUACAUGGAAGAUGUCACGAGAAGACACAUUCCGCCCUUUAAAUCCAGGGCGAGAAUCGGGUUUACUGUGGUUCCUGGUUUUAAAAUUGGAAAGACAGUAAUCCAGUCCCAGGUCUAUCUAGAAAAACACUCUACUCUUGGUAAAAGUUGAGAAACAAAAGCUUCCAAUGAGAUUUUUUUUCGAGGAAAAUGACUUCGCCUCUCAUGUUAUUGUUUCGAAAUCCAUGGAGGUCGGAAUUUGCGAAGUUGGAUGCACCACCCAAGCGUAAGCUUAAGCUCAUCACUGCUGGACAUGGAUAAACAAACUGCAACCUCGGCAGCCACCUUAAAGUAGGUUUGGAUAGCGACGUUUUGAAAGUCGUUUUUGUUUUUGGUUGAGAUGUUAUCAGAUUAUAAACCUAAACUUGAGAACAACUUUGAUGUGUUUGUAAGAACCAACCCAUGAACACAGUUUUACUACUCACAGCUACAACUUCAACAAUGGCCCUCAUUGCAUGUUCCAUUUUCUACUGGCUCACAUGCCAACACGAGUUUAACUCAGUGGAAAAGAAAAUAGCAGCCAGUUUGUUCCUGUUAUCAUUAGAGUUGGAUUCAUCCCAGAUUUAUUAGAAUGUGCUUGAGCUUGACAGCAAUUUUUGUGGUGUUUCACUUGGUUCUUUCACUGCUUGUUCUGCUGCUCUUUGUUUCUUCAGGGUAAUAGAUUGCAUAAGGAAAUAAAGACUUUUACUACAUUUGUUC